UAUCACUUCUAAAUUUGUUAAAUUUCGAAAAUUUUCUGUAUAAUGCAGUAUGAAAAUAGUUUAAUAUUAUUUUUACGUUUGUUAAAUGUUUAUCAAUAAUUAGCAACUUUUAUUUGCUGAAAUAAAAUAAUUUCAUUUUAAAAUUUUCAUCAAUGAAACUUCAACCAAUAAGAAGAAAGUGAUUUUUGUAUUCAUCAUUGUGUUACCUUCACAAAUUAAAGGAAUUAAAUUAAUCGUAUUCAUAAAGUGAAAUUUUUCAUAAUUAGUGUCAAAACUCUGAUAAGGAAAAUAUAAAAUAAAAUAUAUUUAAACUGAGUAAUGAUAAUGAUGAUUAGACAAGUGGAUCUGUAGUAGUGCAAAAUAAAUACACGACGAACUUUAAAAUUUUCUUUAAUUUAUUUUUUUUGGGUAUGUAGAAAAAAUGUUAGGAAAAUCUAGUAUUGAGUAACCAAAAAACAUAAUACUACCGUCCUACUUGUGUUUUUUAUUAUUUUAAAUAUAUUUUAUUCUAUGGUGUUUUGAAUAAGUAGAUAAGAAAGUUAAAGAUAAUAUUAAAAGGCAACCUUUUUUAAAUCCAAUCAUAUUUGAAAAAAAGCGAUGCUGUUAAUUAUAAAACCAAAAAUUUUAUAUUUAUAUUGAUUGAAAGCAUUGUUUUAGAUUUAAUAUUGUAACCAAUAAUGAGUUGGCUUAGGGGGAGCCCGUUAAGGCAAAGUUUGACUAGAGGGAGCAACAACACGUCGAACUCUGGAAGUGGAGGACGACAAAUAUCUAUUGAUACUGCAUCUAAUUGUGAUCCUCGAGCUUGCUAUGAUAGUUUUUGCAAGCAUUGGCAACAAGCACAUGAAAUAAUAUUAAAAGCAGAGAAUAAAAAACCAGCUGCUCACGAUGAUGUUCUUGGAGUUGUGUCGCACCUUGAUUAUAUGGUAACUUUACUUUUAGUAGAAUUGCAUCAUGUACAUAAAAUUAGUUUGCCAACACCAAAUCAAACACCACCUCCUGCUCCAUGUCUAGAAUAUCUUCUUAGUGAAAAUUUAUUAGAUAAAUUAUAUGAAUGGGGAAUAACAACAGGGGGAUAUGCAAAUGCUGUUCGUUUAGAACAAUUAAAACUUUAUGAAUUACUACUUAGUUAUUCAAAACACCAAUUGCUCUGCCAUGAACCAUUUUUAAGACCAUUACUGAAAAUGUUAGCAUCAAGUCAAGGGGAAAUAUUUCCUCCUGAUGUUGAAAAGCGUUUAGUUAUACUUUUAAAUCAAUUGUGUGUCGUUUUAAUGCAGAAUGUCCCAUUACUAGAUUUAUUUUUCUUUUCAUCAAAUCAACAUGGUCAAGGACAAAAUUCAACAAAUUUUAUUAUAUUUUCUUUGCUAAUACCGUUUGUACAUCGAGAAGGAAGUAUUGGACAUCAAGCUCGUGACGCUUUACUGUUAUGCAUGUCUUUGUCCCAAAAAAACGCGAACGUGGGCACAUAUAUUGCACAGUAUUCUUCCAUGUGUCCUUUGCUGGUAACAGGCUUAGGAGGACUAUAUUCAAGGUUGCCAAAUACUUUAGAAAUAAAUGCAAUUGAUUGGCACCGAAUAACUCCAGAUGAUGUUACAGAAAUUCCUGAAUUAACUUUAUUUAUGAAUUCAUUAGAAUUUUGCAACGCGGUUGUACAAGUUGCGCACGAUUUGAUAAAGCAACAACUUUUGGACUUUAUGUAUCAGGGAUUUAUAGUACCAGUUUUAGGUCCGUCGAUAUUGCAGAUAUUUAAAGGUAACCUAUUGCAGACAAACGUCGAAUCGCAAAUUUCAGCUAUGUCUUAUUUAGAUUUAAUUCUGCGAUCUGUAACCGAGCCUGGACUUUUAAAAGCUUUUGUAAGAUUUCUUCUCGAUGAAGAAAAAUUCGAUGGGCAGCGAAUUCUCGAUGUGUUAGUUGAUAGAUUGUAUGCAACAGAUCCAAACCUUUGCAUGGUAACGCUGUCAUUAUUUGAUACUUUAAUUGGACUUUACUGUGAAGAUCUUAUGUUGGAAUUACUAUUGAAAUUUUUAUUACCUGGCAAACAUGUACCAAUUUCAUGCAGACAUAAAAUAAAUAAAAUUGAUUGUUACGCGAGCACAGUAGAUUUUUUCUUAGAACUAACUCCAGAUGUUAUGAAACACUCAACUAAUUUUAAGAAGUUACAUCAAAGGUCGAUAUCGAACAUAAAUAUAGCAUCACAAGCACAGCAACAGCAACCGUAUAUAAAACAAGAAAAUUCAAUACAAUCUCAAUCUUAUAAUUUUAAUAUAGCGACGGCACCAUCGCUGACCGUGAGCAAAACCAUUGGUGCCAAUUGGAACCAUUAUGGACUUUAUUCUGGUGAUAAUAGCUUGUAUUCAAAUUUUCACGCUUAUUUACUUGACGCACAUUACAAAAUUGCUCAAUGCCGUUCAGGUUGUCUUGAUUGGUCAAAUCAAUAUAAAUAUCAAAAGUGGCCACCACGCCGUGGAAGUGCUCAGCAACAACAUAUGGAGAAAAUGAUUGAAAUGGUUAAAACUUUUUUUACUGAAUUUGGUUCGAAUGUUUGUCCCAAUAUUAUGCAAAGCGCUACGAAUGUAAACAAUGAAACACAAAUAUUUGAAUGUGAUAAAAGUAAAUAUGAUAGCUUACAAUCAAUUGGAGAAUCUAGCGGCUACGAGUCAUUUAAAUACAAACCUGAUGAUGAAACGGAUAUGACAAAUACAGCAAAUAAUGUAAGCAUGGGAAAUAUCCACAGUGAUGUUGAAGAUAAUGGGGCAAAAAGUAGAAGUUGUGAAACUCCUGUUUGGAAAAUUUCGUCUAAAAAGGAUGUUUCACUUUUAGAUUUAGAUUUUUCAGAAGACUUAUUUGCGCAAGGGACAGCAACUUUAGGUCCUUUUAUUAAUGCUGUUUGGAGAAAACUCGAAACAUUUACAAGCAAUAGUUUUUACGUUAACUUACACUUAACUGGAUUAAUAACAAGACUAGCUUGUUUCCCAUUACCUUUAAUACAUUCACUACUCUUACGUCCUGACAUUGUUACAACCUCCGAUGCACCAUCUUUUCAUCAAGUUUUACGUAUUCUUAAACAACAAAUUGAUGCAGAAUUACCUCCAACAGAAGAUUCGCUGGAGAUUAUUGAUGUCGCCAGAUCAUGGCUUAUAGAUCGUGAAUUUCGUUUAAUAUAUGCGCGUAAAUCUGCUGUUGAAUCUUCAAAAAAUCCUGGUAGAAAUGGGCUACCAUAUAAUCAAACAACAUAUGCAAAUAUUUCCUCGACUACUCCCCCGCAAUUGACACCGUCUUCGUCAUAUGACCCUUUUAAAAGAACUGAUUCAAAACGAAGAAGUUUUUCAAAAUCAAUAUCAAAUAUAUUUGGAAAGAAAUCCAUUGCUUCAUCUGGCUUAUCGCAAAAAUUUAUGCAAUUCUUCACUGGUUCUCCAUUUUCUUUAGGAUCAUCGACAAAUCAAAACAUUUCAUCAAAUAAUGCUGUAUCCAACAAUGUUUCCACAACAUCUUUUACGAAUACACCCUCCAUGUCGUCACACAGUUCGUCUAAUACCAUCACAUUACAAGACAUACCUUCUUCAUCUUCUUCGUUAUCACAAUCUGCACAAAGCUGUAGCCAAACAACUUUAAAUAGUGAUAAUAGUUCUAUCAUAAAUAGUAAUAAUAACAAUAGCGGUAGUAGCAGUAUUAAUAGUACAUUAUGUGGUGGUGGAAAUUCUGGGCCAAAUUCGCUAGAUUCAAUUGGAGUAAUUGGAAACACUAGUGGUACAGAAAGAACGCGAGAUUUGUCACUUUGUGCAGUUUUAUUAGACGAAUGGCUCAAAGAGUUAGCUGCUAUUUCACAAGAACAAUCUGUAGUAAUGCUAAGUGACACUUUAUGAUAAUUACAAGCUCUAGAAAUUAUUUUGGCGAACAAAAAUUUAUAAUCUUAAAACUAUUAUUAAGUUUUAUAUAUAAUUAUGUAUAUAUGUGUACAUAUUUGAUAUCUGUGUAAUAUUUCUUAUUUCAACCUGAAUUCAACUAAUUUAUAAAAAACAGAAAAUCAAUAAGAAAAAAUGUUAGUUAGGAAUAAUGUAAAAUUUUUUUGUUUUAAUAUCCCUACACAUUUUAUGUUGGUUUAUUAUGGUUAUUAUGUAUUAAGUUGACACAAAUUUUUUGAUUGAAUACGUUAACAUUUUAUUCAAAUGCACAUUAAAUAUUUACUAAUUGGCGAUAAAAAUUACGAGACAAGAAUAAUAAAAUGUAUAUUUAGUUAUAUUUUCAAAAUUUCGUAUAAAAUUUAAAAUAACCAGUAUUCAUUAUUUUUAGUUAUAUAAUAAAUUUGUUUUAAUUACAAAAUGCUCACAAA